AUGAAAGAUCAAGACAUCGUUGGUGAGGCCUUGGCUUCCGUCCUUCCUCAGUAUGAUCGCCCUUGGUUCCGCGUGCCUCAUCUGCUACAGCUGAACCUCAUUCUGCUCAUUCCGCUGCUAUCUUCAUCAGUCGCUGGCUAUGAUGGCUCUCUUAUGAAUGCUCUCCAAUCCAUUGAUGAAUGGAAAGAAUAUUUCGGCAAUCCCACUGGCUCAGUCCUAGGAGUCGUAAAUGCCGCUCAAUCUAUUGGAAGCGUCAUCUCACUGCCCUUCGUUGGUAUUCUAUCGGACAGAAUCGGACGACGCCUGACUUUACUUUCGGGUGCGAUCGUGAUAAUCGUGGCCUCAAUAAUCCAAGCAGCUUCGGUUCAAUAUGGAAUGUUUGUGUUUUCACGCGUGUUAGUUGGUAUCGGUUCCAUGCUGGUCGUGCAGCCAUCACCAAUGUUGAUCACUGAGCUGGCGUAUCCCACUCAUCGUGGUAAGUAUACCAGCGCUUUCUGGACUGUGUACUAUCUUGGAGCCAUCCUGGCAUCAUGGGCCUCUUAUGGAACUCAGAUACAUUUCAGUCAGUCCAAUUGGAGCUGGAGAGCUCCAUCAAUACUUCAAGCUGGAUUUCCAAUUAUUCAGGUCAUGUUCUGGUGGGCUGUGCCUGAAUCACCACGGUUAGUCUUCUACUAG